AUGUUUGAGUAUGAUUUUCCUAACUUUACAAACAAUGAUCUGAGCGAAGAUUGUCUUUACCUAAAUAUAUUUGCACCUAAGUUUAACAAUGGUAGCAGAAACAGUGAGAAUUUACCAGUCAUGCUUUGGAUUCACGGAGGGGCCUAUACCUACGGGUCUGCCAUGGAGUAUGACGGACGUGUCUUAGCAACCUACGGAGUCGUCGUCGUAACUAUUAACUUUCGCCUUGGGGUUAUGGGCUAUUUAUCAACUGACGACCCCGUAGCACCAGGGAACUAUGGUAUGUUGGAUCAGAUUGAGGCGUUAAAAUGGAUACAGAAAAAUAUAUAUUAUUUUGGUGGUAAUCCUUCCAAAGUGAUAAUAUUUGGUCAAAGUUCGGGAGGUUCCACGGUUUCUAUGCACAUGUUUUCUCCGCUAACUAAAGGUUUAUUCCAUGGUGUGAUAGCCCAGAGUGGUGUAGCUACAGAUACUUUUGCUAUAUAUCGUCAUCCCUAUCGUCCAAUCAAUACCACCGAAUCACUAGCCAGGGUAGCUAAUUGUCCUACCAAUGAUUCUCAAACUAUGAUCAACUGUUUACGAGGAAAACCGGCAAUGUUUCUAGCUGAGGCUAAAGUAGAGCAACCCCCAAUGAGUGCACCGUGGGUACCGAAUGUUGAUAAAUAUUAUUUAAUGGAUCUACCAGAAAGAUUAUUAGAGCGAGGUGAAGUUAACAGCGUACCUUUAAUAGCUGGUAGUGUUACUAGUGAAACCGGGGAAGAUUAUACUUAUCUACCAGGUAUAGAGAACGGUAUAAAUCAAACAGAACUACAUGAUGUUUAUAGUAUACAUUGUCAGCGAUAUUUUGACCAGACUGACAUCAUGUUGGAUGCAAUUAUGUGUCAAUAUGGCGGCAAACCAGACGACCCAAUA